AUGAACCGACCGAACAACUCUGAGCCUGGAAGGCAGAAGGCAGGCCUCUUGACCAUUCCCGCCGAGCUCAGAGACAUUAUCUACGCCUACACGCUAGCCGCAGGAACCGACGUGCACAUCCAUAUCGGGAGACAACAGCCUGCAUUCUUGCGAACAUCUCGUCAAGUUCGUGCAGAGACUAUCGAGCUCUACUACUCGGACAACACCUUCUGCUUCACCGUCCACGCCUAUCGCGGACCAGAGAUACGACCAUUCACCAAGCUACUGCAGAGAUACAGCAAAUAUGGCCGAGACAAUCUCUCCGUCGAGCUGUGCAGCGACCUGAAGUGCGCCGAUUGUCAUGGCUGGCUACUGCUAUGGAACCUCAUGGUGUGGCUACAAGCAUACUACGCGGACAAGCUGCUCGUGCCAGGCCUUCGGCAGGAUGCAGUAGAGGAGCACACUCGUGGCAGGACCCUCGCAAGGCGCACUUUCUCCGUGGUCGACAACAUGCGCCACUUGCCCUGGGACGAAGUCGUAGGCGUACUCGAUGCCUUCAUAGAUGCCAUUGAGCACUUUGAGGAGGAGGAUUGUGAAGCUGGAGAGGGGUAUCAUGAGCACUUGAGCGAUGAUGAAGAUGAUAGCAGUGAGGAAGAUGGGAGCGCCGAUGAGGAUGAGAGUGCUGAUAGCAGCGAGCGAGAUGAUAGCAGCGGGGAAGACGACAGCAGUGAUUAG